AUGCUCCCCUGCCUUUCUUGGCUGAGGGUGUACCCGGUCCGAGACUACCUCUGGGCCGACAUCUCCGCCGGCCUGUCUGUGGCGGCCAUGGUCAUCCCCCAGGGCAUGUCCUACGCCUCGCUGGCGGGCCUGCCCUCCGCCUACGGCCUGUACGGCGCCUUCGUGCCCUGUCUGGUCUACUCCCUGCUCGGCUCCUCGCGCCAGCUGGCGGUGGGGCCCGUGGCCAUCACCUCGGUCCUGCUGGGCUCGGGUCUGCCCGACAUCAUGGACGGCCUGGGCGUGCCCGUGAACGACCACCCCAACCACCCCGCCGACCCCGACGCGCAGGCUCUGUACAACCAGGCCGCGGUGCAGGUGGCCUUCCUGGCCGGCUGCCUGUACACCGCCAUCGGCGCGCUGCGCCUGGGCUGGCUCACCCACCUGCUGAGCCACGCGGUGAUCUCCGGCUUCACCACCGGCGCCAGCAUCACCAUCGCCGCCUCGCAGCUCAAGUGGAUCCUGGGGGUGAAUGUGCCGCGCUCCGCCUCCGCUCUGGCUCAGGUGCUGAGCCUGGUGCGGGUGUGGGGGGAGGUAGCGCUGCCGGAGCUGGCCAUGGGCUCCGCCUUCGUGAUCCUCCUCCUGGCCAUGCGCGUGCUGUCCUCCGCGCACCGCCGCCUGCUCUUCCUCCGCGCGCUGGGCCCGCUGGGCGUCUGUACCCUGUCCAUUGCCAUCACGGGCGCCUGGCGCCUGGACGAGCCGGGGCCGGGGGGCGAGCCGCCGCCCAUUCACCCCGUGGGCCGCAUCGUGCCGGGCCUGCCGGCCGCCACCGUGGGGUGGUGGCUGCCGCUGCUGGCGCCCGCGCGCCAGCUCAGCCUGGCGGCGGUGGUCUGCCUGGUGGAUGUCUGCGAGUCCAUAUCCAUCGCGCGCACGUUGGCGACCGCCAACAAGUACCGCCUGGCGCCGACGCGGGAGCUGCUGGCCAUGGGCGUGGCCAACCUGGCGGGGUCGGCCUUCAACUGCUACACCACCACCGGCUCCUUCUCGCGCUCCGCAGUUUCAAACGCCGUCGGCGCCAAGACGCCGCUGGCGGGGGCGAUCACGGGGGGGGUCCUCCUGGCUGUCCUCGCGUGGCUGACCCCACUCUUCACCCACAUGUCUGCCAACGUCCAGGGCGCCAUCAUCAUCGUCGGGGUGCUGCAGCUGUUUGACUGGCGGGAGGGCGCCCGCCUGUUCAGGGUGUCGCCCUCCGACUUCCUCGUCUGGCUCACUGCCUUCCUCACCGUUGCGCUAGUGGGGGUGGAGUGGGGCAUCUGCGCCUCCGCCGCGCUUUCCGUCGCCAUCAUGCUGGCCCGGGUGUCCUUCCCCGCCGUCCUGAGGCUGGGGCGGCUGCCAGGGACCAACUACUUCAGGCCCUUGCGGCAGUAUCGCGGUGCCUUGGCACCGCGCGGCUACAUCCUGUUCUCCAUCGCGGCGCCCGUCUGCUUUGCCAGCAUCGAGCACAUCCGGACGGGCCUGAAGGCAGAGCUGGAUGCGCAGGAGGUCGCAGCUGAAAAGGACGAGGAAGAGCCGCUGCAGUUUGUGGUGCUGGACUUGUCGGCGUCGCCCACGUUUGAUGCUGCUGCAGUCCAGUGGAUUGAUGAAACAAGGGAUGAGCUGGAAGGCCAGGGCAUCAGCUUGGUCUUGGCCAAUCCGAGCCAGCAGGUCUUGCACAUCAUGAAGCGGGCAGGCCUGGUGCACAAGCUGGGUGUCCAGAACAUCCAGGCAGACGUCAUGGAUGCCAUCCUGUAUGUGGAGGAAACCCUGAGGUCUCGGGGGUGCAUGGUGUGA